UUAUUCAUAUAAUUUAGUCUUUAGUAAUACUAAUCUAUAAAUCUAUAGCAUAUCAUCUGUGCUUGAAAUAUAAAUAAAGCUCGGGGUGAAUACAUUCGUGAUCACAAGUGCAAGUAGAUUCUCCGAUAAACUCACGUUUUUGAGAUUUAUUUAGGAAAAUGGCGGACACGUCCAGCACUGGGCUCGAACAUUGGAUCAGCAUGAAACGGGUACAGAGGAUUGGCAGGACGGUGGUCCUUGUAGCGCUCCCGAUGAUCAUCCUCUUUACCUUGAUCAACAUGUAUCUAUUCACGUUCUUCCAACAUGGCCACUCCGAGACGAUGGUCAUUCUCAACGAAAAAGUGUACAACAAAAAUAGUGACUCUAGUUCAAAGAAUAUACCUUCACUCCGUGAUAAAUACAGCGGGAGAGAUGAAUCCGUGAAUAUUAAUAAAGUAGAUGACGCUGAACAAGAACUAAGAAAAAAGUCCGGAAAAGGAGACACGCAAUCACGUGACAAUAAAGAUGCUGAUUCAUUGAAAUAUGACGUAGUCAAAAUGGAGGAUGAAUCUAUAGAUAGAAUGAUUGAGAAAUUCAAAAUGGCCAAUGACAAGUAUUUUAUCCCAAACUAUUUUUGGAACAGCAGCCUUUAUGAUUUAACAAGACGCUUCGGUGCUACUGCAAGACGAAAUGCCAAAACUUUAUCUGGUUAUAACCGUUUAAAAAAUUCUAGUGGUAAAUUACCGGCGUGGAAGCUUUUUCACAGAAACAUCCGCCAGUUUUCUCUGUACGACCCCGAUGAUUUAAACUUGUAUAAAAUGUUACUAGAUAUGGCAACCCUGCCCAUAGUUGAAGCCGAGGAAAAUACGGGAGGAACUCAGCUUAAAAUCACAGUACGGUUUAGCAAUGAAGGCAGAGCGGUUGUUAAGUUCAUGAGGUAUCCUAGAGAAGUUGAGGCGGACGAGAAUCGUUAUAUAUUUGAUGACAUAGAAAGACAUAUUGCAGAGAUUGCCGCCUUUCAUCUGGACAAAAUUUUGGGAUUUUAUCGAGUACCCCCAACCAUCGGUAGAUGGUUCAAUAUUACGGCCGACCUAGAGCCAAUUCUACCGAAAUCAAUCGCAGAUACCCUGUUUAAAUCCCCAGCCGGAAAUUUGUGCUUCUUUGGUGAAUGUGAUUAUUACUGUGAUAGUGCGCAUGCGUUUUGUGGACAUCCGGAUAUGAUUGAAGGUUCUGUACAGAGUUACCUCCCCUCUAGAAAUAUUGCAAAAAGAAGAUCUUGGUAUCAACCAUGGAGACGGUCAUACAGUAAAUUUCAUAAAGCAUAUUGGGAGGAGAAUGACGAUCUGUGUGACAGUAUCCGACACGAAUCACCGUUCAAUAACGGCAAACUUUUACUGGAUAUGGUCGACUCUCACACCUUUGAUUUUCUAACAGGAAAUAAAGAUCGCCAUAGUUUUGCAACUUUUAAAGAAUAUGGAAAUUAUACGUUCCCUAUAAUGUAUGAUAACGGCCGAGGAUUCGGCCGACAAACCUAUGACGCCAUGUCUAUCUUAGCACCUUUAAAAAAUGUUGUGUGUGAUUCGUAAAUCGACAUUGUUAAAAUACCUGAAACUUUAUAUAGGUCCGGAGAGACUCAGUGCUUUGAUGGAGAAAAACUUUAGAAUCCGACCCCAUAGCACCAGUGUUGAUUAAACCCCAUCUUAAUGCACUUGAUAGACGGUUAAUAAAAAUUCUGCAAAUAGUGGCGGACUGUGUAGACAGAUUUCCGGUUAAAUCUGUAGUCAUUUUCGACAGAUUUUGAGAUAGUCAAUUUAAAUUUUCUUUUGGUGGUCGGUGUAUCUUUUAUAGUUUUUUCUUAGAAUGUUGAUAAGCGGUCAAAGAAUUCUGAACUGUAGAGGUAAACAUUUUAUGGAGAAGACACUGGUAAUUUACGAUGACAAACUAUUGAAUACAAAACAAAGGCUGUGAUUUGACAGUGAUUAAGGUGGCACUUCAUUUUCACAAAAGUAAAGCAAAUCGUUCCGAAAUGUGUUAAAAUGACAAACUUAGAUAAUCAUUUGACAAUCACGAUUUUUUAUUAUGAUAGACAGUAAAUAAGAACAUCGUUUGAUAAUUGAACACAACCAGUACCAGAGCAGACGACAAGACUCCAGAACUUGAGGGAAAGGGGGAGACUAGUCUGCAAGGGACUAAAAGGUUUCCCUAAUUAAAAGAUAUCACAAGGCAUAAAGACCGUGUGAUUAGACUGCUCAUCGUUAUAGAAAUAGUAUUUCAUUGAUUGUUAUGAUCACGAAUUUAUCUACGAGAAAGGACGAGAAAUGACGUGUAAUGAUACAAUGUCACGGUUCAGAUCUGUUCACUAUAUAGGGGAGAAAAUGUGUAAGCGGCCGGAUAGCUCAGUCGGUAGAGCCGCGUAACGGUAUUCCGAAGGGCUCGGGUUCGAGUCCCGGUCAGGCUGCACAUUUUUCUCACCCUGUGACAUUUGGCGCCCAACGGGGGACCGUGAACGGGGGACCGUGACUGAUAUAGCUCAGAGUUUAAUUUACAUUGCUCUGUAACUCUGUGAAAUUCGAGGUCGAAUUUCAAUAUAGCAGGGGAGUAUGUCACGGUUCAGAACUGUUCACUAUAUAGGGGAGAAGAUUUGUAAGCGGCCGGAUAGCUCAGUCGGUAGAGCCGCGGAACGGUAUUCCGAAGGUCUCGGGUUCGAGUCCCGGUCAGGCUGCACAUUUUUCUCACCCUGUGACACAAUAUGAGUAGAUGAUGAUGCAUGACACAGAGUUACAGAGCAAUAAGUGCAGGAGUAUUGUAUAAAACAUGUUUGGAUAUAUGUGUGCUGUGUAUUAGUUGUCCUAUUAUGUUACUUGUUGAAAAUGAGAUGUUUUAAGUGUCAGGUUCGCUCAGUUUCCAUAUAUUAAGUCUUCCAUAUCACAGUGGCAUCUUUCUCCAUGGCAAUAUUAGUUAUAAAAAACCCGUG